AGGAAGACUGCAACAUGGUGUAGGGACCAGGGAGGGACCUUGGAUGUUUUGCAGCUUGUCAACUUUAUAGACAUGUCACUAUUUGUUCAGUUACUCAGAUAACCACCUCGGAACAACAGACACCAGUUAUCGACUUUAAGCAGUACAUCUGGAUCUACCAUGGAGCCUGUCAUGCAUCAGGUUUGGCCGAGAGUCCUCCAGCGCCUCCGCAGAACUCUAAUUCUUUCAAAGAGGAACCAUUCAGGCUGUGCUGAGCACACCGCCGUUCCUGCCUCCACUCAUUCCAGACAUAUCAGACCCACACUCCUGGUGUCACGUAUCUACCAGCCGACAAGCCUGCGCGAUGUGGGGCAGGAGAGCCGACAAGGAGAGAUGACCUGUAAGAGUCAGAGGCUCAUGCAGCAGGCUGGGCUCAUCCAUCCAUCCAACCCAGGGUGUUACUACUACCUUCCUGCCACUGUCCGCUCCAUGGAGAAGCUGGUGAGAGUGAUUGACCAAGAGAUGCACGGGAUCGGUGGGCAGAAGCUGGACAUGCCCAGUUUGUGCUCGGCUGAUCUCUGGAAGACCAGCGAGCGCUGGGACUUGAUGGGAAAGGAGCUGCUCCGUCUGAAAGACCGCCACGGAGUCGACUACUGUUUGGGUCCCACACAUGAGGAGGCAGUGACAACUCUGGUUGCUCACCAGGCACACCUCUCCUACAAACAGCUCCCUCUGCUUCUCUAUCAGAUUACCCGCAAAUUCAGGGAUGAACCGAAGCCGAGGUUUGGUCUUCUUCGAGGGAGGGAGUUCUACAUGAAGGACAUGUACUCAUUUGAUGUGAGUGAGGAAGCAGCUUAUCAGACCUAUGAAUCUGUGUGCCAAGCAUACACUCGGCUCUUUGCCCGGCUGGGCCUGCGUUGCGUUCAGGUGCAGGCAGAUACAGGAAAUAUCGGAGGUAAACUCUCCCAUGAGUUCCAGCUGCCAGCUGACAUCGGUGAGGACCGGCUUCUGGUCUGUGGGGACUGCUCCUUCUCUGCUAAUGUAGAGACCAUGUCAUCAGACAGAACUGACUGCCCACAGUGUAAGACAGGCACACUGGUAGAGUCGAGGGGCAUAGAGGUCGGCCACACCUUUUACCUGGGGAAAAAGUACUCUCAAGUAUUCAAUGCCACCUUCAGUAAUGCUCAGAACAAGCCUAGUGUUGCUGAAAUGGGCUGCUAUGGUCUUGGAGUAACCCGUAUUCUUGCUGCAGCCAUUGAGGUGAUGUCAACAGAGGAGGGCAUCCGCUGGCCAGGGCUUCUCGCCCCCUACCAGGUUUGUGUUUUACCGCCAAAGAAGGGCAGUAAAAUGGAUGAGGUGGCAGUCUUAGCUGACAACCUGGUUCACACUUUGGGAGAGGCUCUGCCUGGUUUGAGAGGUGAAGUGGUUCUUGAUGACCGUACACAGAUGACCAUUGGAAAGAGACUGAAGGACGCCAGCAGACUGGGCUACCCAUAUGUUAUUGUAGUAGGGCAGGGCGCUUUAGAGGAAACACCCAGGUUUGAGGUGAUCUGUCAGCAGACAGGUGAAACGAUGUUUCUCGGUCAAGAUGGACUGUUGGAUCUACUGGGAAGAGUGGAAACUGUAUGAAUUGCAACACAACUCUGAAUGUGGAAAUAAGUGCUCGUCUGUAAGCAAGUAAAAUAUGUGUGAUUCUAUCAGUGAGGUGGUGGGAGGAUAAAAGCCUUGUAUGUUAUUUUAAAGUUUUGUCUUGUGUCAGUAAGGGGACUGGAAGGCUUUUUCCUGGUUCUGUAUUUUGGUUUACAAAGUUUUAAAACCAGAAUUUACAAACUUGUUGGCAUUGCUGAUUGGAAUUAACUUACUGUCACAACAAAAGCUUUGUAAUGGACCUUAGGAUAUGGAAUUACGCUCUGUUUCUGUGAUGUAAGAAUGUCACAGUUUUAUGGUUUUGUGGCCUUUCAUGUUCCCAUACCAAUAAAAACAUAAACCCACAGAUGUGAACCGAAAUGAUGACCAUUUGAUAUUGUGUUUUAAUAUGCAUUUGCAUGUGUAACAUAGAAAUGCUGCCAUAAUACAACUCAAUGCUGGUAUUUGGUAAAUGCUGUAAAUACAAUCAUAUCAUGGAGGUCAAGGAAAAGCAAAAACUAAAUUACCACACUGUUAGACGAUAUACUCAGGUUACCCUUAUAGCUUGGUUAACAGAUUCUUGUUGCUUGCCUCAUUUUGUAUUUUAUUG